AUGGGUGAUGCAGGAUUUUUCCGAGGUACAAGCUCGGAUCAAGAUGGUCGGUUUUCUGAUAAGGAGAAGAAGUUGCUCAAACAAAUGAAAUUCGAGAACACACUAGAUCGGAAGAUCAACAUGGACAAAAUCAACUUGGACGUGAUCAAGCCGUGGAUCACUAUGCGUAUCAACGACAUUCUCGGUAUCGAAGACGACGUUGUGAUUGAGUAUAUUAUGAGUCAGUUGGAGGAAAAAGAUAUAAAUCCAAAAAUUAUGCAGGUU